GCUGGCGCACGUAGCUCUAGAUUCUACCGGAGGACCCUGCGAGGCCAUCGCGUCAUUGGGAGACGCAGCUGCGGCCCGGGCAAAGGGUCCUGUCUCGGAGUGGCCACCGCGCGCCGCCAGAACUACGCUUCCCAGGCUGCCCCGCUGCAGCCGCGCGCCCCGCGCCCCGUGCCGCGCCGCGCCCGGCCGGGAGCCGCCUGUUGAUCGCAGCUCCAGCCUGGGGCCACGGCGCCGCCCCUGCUGGUCGGACCCGCUCACUCCUGGCUCUAAGGCUGCUGGGCAGGACCUUCCGCUUCGGGAUGGGCACAAGCAAAGACCGGUGUGUGAUAAGCUCUCUGAGUCUUGGGCAUCUCACGGCCUCAUUUGAGCAAGAGCCUGGGAAGGGAGGAGUCGGGCCGGCAUCUUUUCUGAGAUCCUGGGAGCUGUCACAAGGACGCAUCUGCCUUCAGAAAGCCUCUCUGAGCAGGAAAGAGGCCGAGAACGCCAUCGUUUCUCCGGCGCCUAUUAAAUAUCUGAUUCACCAUGCGCUUGGGAAGGGAGAAAAAAGAACAUCAGAGAACGAGAACGUAUUACAAAAGCAUGGUUUCCAUAGCAGCUCCACCAUCUAGGCGCUGAUGGAUGCUGGGCCAGACCCCCUCUCCUCUCUAAGCUGCGAUCGCCGUGUAAAAUGAGAUAUUUGUGGUAGUGUGAAGCCUCAGGAAGCUGGCCCGCUCGAAGGUGUGUGAGAAAGGUGUAUCCUGGAAACCAUGGCGCUCCCCUUUCAAAAAGGGCUGGAGAAAUACAAGAACAUCGACGAAGACGAGCUUCUUGGCAAACUCUCAGAAGAGGAACUGAAACAGUUGGAAAAUGUUCUAGAUGACCUAGAUCCCGAGAGUGCAACGCUACCUGCUGGAUUCCGACAGAAAGACCAGACCCAGAAAGCAGCCACUGGCCCAUUUGACCGAGAACACCUGCUCAUGUACCUGGAGAAAGAGGCUUUGGAACAGAAGGACAGGGAGGACUUUGUACCCUUCACAGGAGAAAAGAAAGGGAGAGUCUUUAUCCCCAAGGAAAAGCCUGUAGAAACUCGGAAAGAAGAGAAAGUGACCCUGGACCCAGAACUGGAGGAAGCCUUGGCCAGUGCCUCAGACACUGAACUCUACGACCUUGCAGCUGUCCUCGGAGUCCACAAUUUGCUCAACAAUCCGAAGUUUGAUGAAGAGACGACCAACGGCGAAGGUCGCAAGGGGCCUGUGAGGAAUGUCGUGAAAGGUGAAAAGGCCAAGCCAGUAUUUGAGGAGCCACCGAACCCCACAAAUGUGGAGGCAAGCCUGCAGCAGAUGAAGGCCAACGACCCCAGCCUGCAGGAGGUCAACCUCAACAACAUUAAGAACAUUCCAAUUCCAACCCUGAAGGAAUUUGCAAAGUCUCUGGAGACCAACACCCAUGUGAAGAAGUUCAGCCUGGCUGCAACCCGCAGCAAUGACCCUGUGGCCCUUGCCUUUGCAGAGAUGCUGAAAGUCAACAAGACCUUGAAAAGUCUAAACGUAGAGUCCAAUUUUAUCACUGGCACUGGAAUCCUGGCCCUGGUGGAAGCGCUGCGGGAGAAUGACACCUUGACGGAGAUCAAGAUUGACAACCAGAGGCAGCAGUUGGGAACAGCUGUGGAGAUGGAGAUCGCCCAGAUGCUGGAGGAGAACUCAAGGAUCCUCAAGUUUGGGUACCAGUUUACCAAGCAAGGGCCACGGACAAGAGUGGCAGCUGCCAUCACAAAAAAUAAUGACCUGGUUCGAAAGAAGAGAGUUGAAGGAGACAGGAGGUAAAGCCCCACUCAAAGGGGUGAAGUCUCACCGUGCGGCCAUCCAAAAAAACAUACCCAAAAUCCUCUUCUCCACCGGACCAUUUGAUCCAAGGCUGUUCAUUUCCGUUAACCAUAUCCAUCAUAACUUUAACUGUUACUCCUUUUUAGCGCUAAUUAUUUGUCUGAAAUAUGUGUAGCAGUUUGCCUCGCUCCUGGACACACCUGGUGGCUUGCACAAGUAGGGUGAUACAGAUCUUAGACAGUGACAACGCUGGAGAUGAUCUUAACCACUUUCAUAUUGUAGUUUGUCUUGCUUUCUUUCGUGAACCGUUUUUAGUCAUGGAAGGGACUUAGCAUGUAGCAUGUGUUUGUAGCUGAUGACAAAGUGGAGGCCUAUCUCUGUUUACAUGCAUUGCUUUGAGCUAGGCCAGGAACAUGGGGAGUGUGUGCUACUGACCACAUGAGAAGUUAGUAUUGCCAAGCUUUCACAAAUUCUCCGUUAAUUUCAGAAAAAAAAAAAAAUAGUGUCUCUACAUGCACAUGCCCAACUGAUAGAUAGAUGGUCAGUGGGAUCUUCCUUAGAAAGCACUUUAACGUAGCACUGGCAAAGGGACUGUUUAGUGCCCCGUGAGUAUAUUAACAAGUCACACACUUACCUUUACUUACUGUUAAACAUGAAUGAAACAUAUUUGUUAAGGUAUGUGGUCCUGGGAAUUGUAUCCAGAACCCUGUGUGCUAGGCAAGCACUCUACUCCUGAGCUACAUCUCCAACCCAAAUUAUAUUUAAAAUGAUUCUCUAAUAGGUAAUUAUUUACAAAGCCGUUGAAAGACUUUCCAGGUAUGAUGGGAAAUUUUUUAAAGUUUAACCAAAAGAAAAUUUCAAAAUAGUACAUUCCCACAUAAAAUAACAAUAACAGCGUCUUGGGAGCUGGAGAGCUGGCUCAGCAGUUAAGAGUGCUUGCUGCUUUCCCAGAAGACCAGAGUUCAGCUUCAGCACCUGUGUCAAGCAGCUAACUUGUAUAGCUCCAUCCUCGGGGGACUCUGAUGCCUCCAGCCUCUGAGGGCAUCCACACAUAGGUAUACAUACCCCCUAUAUACAUACACAUGAUUAAAAAUAGAUUUAAAAGUUAUGGUACCUUAAUCAAAGUUUCUGAUACAUAAUGAAUUUGACAAAUUUUAAAAGCAAUUGUUGAUUCAUCUUUAGCAUAACCAGAUCACCAGCUAAAUUGUGGGCAUUGUGGUUAAUUAUAUAGGUUUUUUGGGGGUUUUUUGGUUUUUUUGUUUUUUGUUUUUUGUUUUGUUUUUUUGUCACAUGCAAUUGCUUCUUUGCCUUUUGGCUUAAAAUCAAGCAUUGAUUUUUGUCAUAUAUCACAGUAAAUCCAGCUAUUUGCAAACAUUAGGUUAAAAGGAAUUGUCAGUUGCUAAGAUGUUUGUCACCUCGAAGACAGAGCCUGUGAAGACAUGACUGAAGUGACCAUGAAGUGACUGAUUUCCUAGUACAACAACUGGACAGCAUAAUGCAAAUUUAAGGUACCAAGUGAUGGAAUGUUUUGGCCCAAAAUAAUCACUUUUCUCUCCUGUCAUAGACAUCAGCCACUGUCAGGUACCUGUGUUAGCUGCCCUUCUCACUGCUGUGACUAAAUACCUGACAAAAGGAAUAUAAGGAAAAGGGGGAUUCAUCUUGGCUCACAGUUUUAGGUUGCCACCAACUGUGGCAGAGAAGGAUAGCAGCAGGAGGAUGAGACAGUUGUCACAUCACUGUCACAGACAGGAAGCAAAGAGAGAUGAAUGCUGGGGCUCCGCCCACUUUCCUUUCCCCCCUUUUUAUUUAGUCUGGAGUUCCAGCCUAUGGGAUGGUGCUCCCCACAUUCAGGGUGAGUUCUCUCUUCUUGGUUAAACUUCUCUGGUAACACCGUAGGUGAUUCCAAAUCCCAUCAAGUUGACAAUGAAGAUCCUGUCUAGCAUCUCUUGUCCUUCCUUUUCCUCUCCUUUCAUGACAAAGCAUCCUUCUUGUUUCCCUUCUCUCUAUGUCGCUAAGUCAGUGGUUCUCAACCUGUGGGUCACAAUCCCUUUGGAGGUUGAAUAACUCUUUCAUGGAGGUCACUUAAGAUUAUUGGAAAACACAGAUAUUUACAUUACAACUCAAAACAGUAGUAAAAUUACAGUCAUGAAGUAGCAAUGAGAUAAAUGUAUGGUUGGGGGUCACCACAACAUGAGGAACUGUAUUAAAAGCAGUAAGAAGGUUGAGAACCACUGCUCUAAGUCCUAUAAAGGUGAUGGGAAACUAUCAGACAAGAAAGAACUUGGAGUCAGGAACCUUGGGAAAAAAAACUGGACACUUAGAGGGAGAAACUGAACACUUACUGUGCUAUAAAUAACCACAGCUAAAGCAAAAAUUCUCAGACACACCUCAUUUUCUUGGCUCAUUUUUAUACUCUUCAGGACAUAAUAAAUAGGGUAUUCUGACAUUUUUUGAGUCACCCCCAAGUGCUUUAACUUAAUACUUUAUCUCCCUGUCAAUCUAAAAAUGUAUUUGUUUUGUUUUAUCCCUUAAUCUGAUCUUUCCUUCCUUCUCACCCACUUGGGUGUGGUAUUGAAGCCAGUUUGUAUAGGUUUGCUGGUUUGUUCAGUUUUCAAGAAUUCUUUAAAUUCUUGCUCAAAAUUGCCCUGCUAAAAAUUAAGGUGUGGUAGCAUGCCCUAGUGAUCCUAGCACUUGGAGUGGACGCAAGAUCAGUGUUGGCUACACAGAAAGUCUGAAGCCAGCCUGCUACCUGAGACCCCUCCCUCAACUUGAACAUGAAGUGGCUUGUACUUACAGUGAAAUCGAUGAUAGUAAAGGCAAAACUAUGCUCUUGAGAUUCUUUACGUCUGUUGUGCCUGUAUGGCAUACAGACCGCUGUGCUAUAGCACAGGUCGCCCCUGCUCUGCCAGCAUUAACUUCUUGGCCAUGGUGAGAAGAGUCCUUGGGAAUUAUCAAUGUGUAAGAAAAUGGCUCCAUUCUUUCCUCUAGAUUGUUGGCUGAUAAGCAGUCAUCCAUUCUACCUGGGUGAAAUGUAUAGGGUGUAUUUUAAUCAGAAUUUUUGGUUACUCUGUUGCCAAAGGAAGGAUGCUAAGUGUCUUUCCUCUCUCUCAGCCACAGACUUCUUUAAGAGCAGAGUCCCUAACAAGCUUCCUUUUCCUGUUUUCAUUCACUCUCUUGCCUCCAUUCCUAAGAAGCCCUGGCCCUGCAAAUUAUUGUCUGCAGCCCCAUAUUGUAGAGAGUGGGUUACAAUUGUUGACACACCCUGGCAAAAAGCAAGAAAAAAAGUCAUAUUUAGAUCAUAGAUAUUCCUUUUUAUAAGGAGUUAUUAAUACUAAUAAGAUUGUAGAACAUUAUUUUUAAAUUCAUACUGGUUUUAUCUUAUAAAAUGAGUUUAUAAGAUUAUUACUAAUCAGCUGUUUUAUCAUCGUGGAUUUUUAACUAGCAUGUAAAGUGACAUUUCCAUCAGCAUUUAUAUUUUGAAGGGAACUACUAGAAGAUAAAAUAUACAUCUUAGGGCAUCUAUCAAAUCCAUUUAAUUAGAUGAAGACUUCACCUCCCACCUGCCCAAAAUGGACCAUUAAUUUCAUCCCGAUGAGACAUAAUGUGUGUGAAUUAUUUUUAUAAGUAUCUGUUUUGCUAGCUAGUGUGUUGAUGUAUUUUCUAAUGCCUGUAUAGCUGUUUGGAGGGAGCUCGUGUUUGCCUAAGCCUGCUCCCUUCCCCUUUACAGUUGUACAGGUCCAUAAGUGAAAACUCACUCACCUGGACUUGACUUGAAGGUUUCUGUGGCUGAUGUCUUGUCAUGACACCUGUAAAUGGAUGGCUUUUAGGAGAUUAUUUGUCAAGUUUAGAGAUGCUAACUAGUCCAGCAGUACAAAUGCAUCUCUCUGUCUGCUUGAUGUGGGCAGCAGAAUUUCCUUCAUCUUUAUCAGCAUGAUCAAAUCCCUUGAUUUCUCUCUCUCUCUCUUUCUCUCUGUCUCUCUGUCUCUCUGUCUCUCUGUCUCUCUCUCUCGUGUUUGUGUUGUGUGUGUGCUCGUGUGCGAGUGUGUUUGUCAGAUAUCUAAGUAGGUAUUUGGCUACAUCUGGACAACUGAUUGAAGGGGAGGCUCUCUCCCCAGUUCCACUUCCCCUCCCCCUUUAGAGCAGCUGCAGACCCGGGUUCAUGGGAAAUGACCCUGGAGUCUGCAGUUUCUGUCACCUACCAUCACAUUUCACAGUUGUGUAGAGAUGACUCUUGAGGAAAUCACUGGAUUAUUCCCCAUCAGAUCUUCCUCUAUACCUAACGUGAGACUCAUUUCAUACUUAGGAGCAUCAAUUAGCGCCCUUCUUCCAUCUCUGUAGGACACACUGUAUAUAGACAUUUUGUACAUAAUGAUCACCAAAUACUGUUGUGAGGUAUUUGGCUGCAUGUGGACCAUGAGUUGACGGGACCAUGCUUCCCUUGCCCCUCCCAGGGUUGUUGGGGGCCCAGGUUAGAGAAUCACAUGCCUGGAGGGGCAGGUGCUGCUCACCCAUCUUUCUGCACACAGCUCAUCUUUCAGUAGAAGUUCAUUCCCAUGUUAAAGCUCAAAAAAUAUCACAGUGCCUGUACUCUUGGCACCAGUUUUCUCAAAGGAAGACUGGUAUACCAAACCAUGAACAGCUGCUUCUCUUCCAUGUGGAGAUGUGGCCCCUGGUGGGCACUAGCACUAUGGAAGCCACUGCCUUCUGAAAAACUGCCACAAGACAUUUCUCAUGAGCAAAGCGUAGACUUGGUGUGAAAGCGUCAGCAGGCUCUCGUGCUCAGACAGUCGUGGAGAGCCGGUAAAAGUGUUUGAACAGACGUCCUUUUUCAUUGCUGAAAAGUAUUCUGCUCUCUCCUCGAUACUUUGAAGGAGGCAAGAAACAUAAGAAUUCUGGACUGAGAAGUCUACACGUGUCUUAGGGUUGGGGUGACAGAAUGCCUUUUUGGAAGGUAGCUACGGGGGUUGGGGGGUGUAAUGACUUACUUCUCAGUUCCCAUGCCCUGCUACUCUGUUCUCACUUAAAAGACUGAAAGACACCUAAAGGAAAGGUAUAAAAACGUGGUAAAUGUCAGGGUGAUCCCACUGGGUAAAUCACAGAGCAGCCUUGUGGAACUAGCUGGCCAGAGAAUAGAGCCCAGAACCUCAGUUUUCAUUCUUUCCUUGUUCCCCCAGUUCUAGAUCUGACUUGACGCAGUGACUCAAGAUCCUUACACAGGGGAUGGGCUGGGGACUUAAUAUUUAAAUUAGCUUAAUGCAGAGCUCAGUUCUGCUCACUCCUAACUGCUUGUCCUUCAGCCUGACAGCAACAACUGAACCAUCAGUAGAUAUGUGCGCAAAGGGUUCCAAAUUUUAUGUCCGUAUCCUGGGUUCUGUUCUAGAAACAGUACUUGAAUUGGAGGUCAGGCCUAUCUAGGACACACUGUUGGCUUGGAGAGGGUGAAAGAGAGGGCAUGAAGUCAUGGGCAGAAAAGAGGAACCAGCUAACCAGGCUUAGUUGGCUGGGUCUUGUGGCAGUCAUUCGGAGCGUGCUGGCUCAGCUGGUUGGUAUGGUGAACAGGUGACAUACCAACAGAUUUGGAGGCUUAAUCCCAAUCCCAUUACCAACACUUAGCAGGUGUACGAUCAUGGGCAAUUCAUUUAAUUGCCUGCCAAUUAUAGACUAUAUGGGGGACCAACACCGGAAAUGGAAUCAAGUGACCUAAACACUUGACUCCACACUCUCUUAGCUGGGUGACUUUGGGGGAGCCACUUGCUCUCCCCAGCCUAAAGCCCCCCAGCUAUUAAAGGGGAACAAUAUCUUCACUAACUACCUCACAGAAUUGUAGUGAGAAAAUAGAAUCGUAUGACUGGAUGAAAACAGCAUAGAAACUAGAAAGCACUGCACAGAAGUAGAUGGCUUUAGUCAGCUCGCUAAUGUUUCCCAGAGUCUGUUUUAUUCUGACCAAUGGUUCAUCUUUUGGAGUAGGACAAGAAGCAUGGGUACGGUGUAAGGGACUAGAAUUAUUAUACUUUACAUAGAGAUGAGAGGUGGAUGACAGGGCAGCGAGUGUUAUAUUUCAUGAUAGAAAUGAUAGGUUAUUUUUCCUGGGUCAUUUUGACCCACUUUAUAAAGGGCUGGGGAGUAACUCAGUAAGGCAGUAUGCUUGCCUGGAAUACACAAAGUCCUGGAUUUGUUCCCCAGCACUGGAUAGAUAAACUGGAUGUUAUCUAGUUAGUAGCAUUAGCCUGUAAUCCCAGCGCUCAAAAGGUGGAGGCAGGAGAACCAGCUCAAAUUCAUCCUUGGCUACAUAGUGAAUUUGAGACCAGCCUGGACUACAUGAGAUCCUGGCCCAAAUAAUAAAAAGCUCCUUCGGAAGUUGUCACCAUGCUUGUAGAUUCUGGCCCCAAGAGGGGAACUCAGACAGUUACUAAGAAUUGAGGCAAGAGCACUACUGCCUUCCUGUCAUCACUAAAGGAGAUGGAGGCUAGGCAAUAAAGGUAUUGCUGGCAACCAUAGAGAGCAUCGCCCUGCGGCUGCAAGAAUUUUCGUGCGUAGCAUCUGUGUACUGGGUACCAGCGCUGGCACUGGAGGGAAGAAAGCUCUCUGGGGCUGCAGCUACCUAUCACCAGCGACUCAGCCCUCGUCAGUUCUUUAUUUUGGCCAAGAAAAGCAUUGGAGCCUGGCCUCACAGGGAUGGUGUCUCAUCAGUCCUUGUAUCCAUGGUACCAUCUAAUAAGGUGCCUUGUACAUAGUAGAUGCUUAAUUAAUGUUGCUUGUACAGCAUUGUCCUCCAGCCCUACAAGAAUUAUACUCUGUUUACAACCAUGUGAGAUAUACAGACACACACACACACACACACACACACACACACACACACUUAAUCAUACUGCUUUGGAUGCCAGCUGUAUGUGACCUUGGGCAAGGUUUUCCAUCUAUCUUAUGUUCUUUUCAUCUAUAAAACAGUGUAUUCUCUAAAGUCCCUUCUAGAUCCCAAACAUUACAAGCCUGUGAUUCUGAACACGGGUGGGUAAUGUACCCACACCAGCUCCAGCUCUCUCCAGGAGCCGGCAGCUGUCUGUUCCUUUUCAGCAGCGUUUGAUAACUUCAGAGUAGCUGUAGAGGAGCAGCCUCAUCAGAAACGCUGCUUCAGGGCUGGAAAGGUAGCUCAGUGGUAGAACGUUGCCUGGCAUGUGGGUUCAGUUCUCAGCACUACAAAAUUAAACAAACAAACAAACAAACUUUAAAAGUCCUGGGAUGCUUCCCUCAAAAGCAGAAAGGAUAUUUUUAACAUAUCUAAUAUUUUUCUCCUUAGAAUCAGAGGGAAAGAAGGGGAAGAAAUACAAAGAAAGGAAAGUGACCAGGAUGGGGUUUUUUUUGUAGGCUUGUAUUUCAUGUCUGUGUAUUUGCAUGAUUUCAUUCCAGAAGACAAUCAAAGGUGCACUGUGUGUUGCAAGAAACUGGCCCAGGAUUUAAAUUUCUGUGGACACCAUCUAGAUGUGGGUAGGCAGAAAUUGGCCAAGCAGAGAAAGGCGAUGGAUAAAAAGUACACUUCCUGAGUAAUUUUACUUUAGUACCAAAUGUCAGCCGUGACAAUCUUUAUUUAAAUUAUUCUAAGCCAGGUAUGGUAGUGUCCACAUGUAAUCCCAGCACUUGGGAGGUGCAGGAGCAGUGUCAGAAGUUCAAGGUCAUCUUCUGAAGCAUAGCAAGUUCAAGACCAGCCUGGGAUACAAGAGACUUAGUCUUAAAUUUUGAAAUAAAUAUAUAAGUAAAAGUAAUUUGUAUCUCUGCUACUUUCUUUUUAAGACCAAAACUAUGUACAUGGAAAAGCAUAUUUAUAUUUUAAGUAAGCCUUUAUCUUAAUCGUGUUUCAUGUUUUUUCAGAAAACAAGCAACAUUUUUCAUUGCACAUAAACAUGUAAAAUUCUUGCAUGCCACUGGUCAUAAUGGCUUACCAGUUCUCUGCCUGUCAAGUGUGACUUUAUGUGUAUUGUUACCUAUAUUGUGUUGGAGAGACUAAGGGACAUAAUAUUCUUGUAAACUUGUCAGCAUUGUUGGUAACAUUGUUUAUGUGAGCAGAUGCUGAAGAGCCACAGGGCUUUAUUUUUCAUUUGAUAUUUUUUGAGCAAAGCUAGGUGAUUGGUUAAUUCACUAGGAAUCUAAAGACUAACUUGCCUUUUAAAUUUGAAGUUGAACAUCUUGUGAAAAGUAACUGUGAGAUAAAAAAAUGUAUAGAGUGUAAACUAAUUUUAUCCUCAUAAUAAGGAAACCCAUUGUCCCACCCCCACCCCCCCAAAAAAAGGGUGCGAUUUUUGGGCCCUUUGGAAUUAGCACCCAGAGCUAAUGUUAAGCUAAAUAGAAACUGUUUUAAUUAACCAAGAUUUUCCUGCUUUCAAAGAUGUUAUGUGUUCACUUGUGUCUGGAAUGAUAGUUGUAAAUUAAAAUGUAAAAAGGGGGGUGGAGUCAAUAAACUUAACUUUAAAUGUAAA